AUGAAGCUUCAGGGGCCAUUCUUUAUUAUGCUGCUCAUUCAAUCUGUUGCAAUUUUGUUCCGCGUAGUUUUCUGGAUUAUUUCUUUCUAUCUAGCUGUAUUUUUCCAUGACAUCACUCCUAAGGUUUCAUGGCUAGAGCCUUUAAUGAAAUUAUGUCUUUAUGUGGAUUACUGUAGUAAUCUAUUUUCGGUUACUUUCAAUUUCGUGCUCUCUUUGAAUCGUUUUUUAACUUUUAUGUCCAAAAAUUGGACCUCAAUUCUUUAUGAUGGGUUCAAUCUUUUUUUCACUGUCAUUUUUGCAGUCAUUUUAUCUGUAGGUGGAGCUGUGGGAAUGAUAAUACCAUCGAAGGUGGAAAGAAAAUUUAUAAUUGAAUUUGGAUUCUUGGAUAUCGCUCCAGAAAUUGGAUUUAUGACUGCUCUAUUUGCCGUUUUUGAAAUUAUCACCAUCAAAAAUUGGAAUGCUGGAAACGGAUAUCUUCUGGGAACGUGGCUAAAAAUUUUGUCAGUUGCAAAUUAUUUACCAGAAAUUUCGUUACCAAUAUUUUUUAUUGUAGACAAUUUGGAUUUUACGCAGAAAUGUCGCAGAUACUUAGGAACACCAACUAAUGUGCAGAGAAUGUCAACUUGA